UUUUUUUGAGGUACGAAGGAACAGAUAAGUAUUAUGUAAGGUGCCAAGGUGUUACGGUGCUAACGGAAUGGAAGGUAAGUUCGGCCUGGUCAGUGCUUCCCCCGUCUACUUUUUUUCCCCCUUCGACGGGUUGUCCCCGCUUAACUCCGGUUAGCGGUUGCUGUUUGCUCGCUCACGCUGAGAGCUGCCGUGCGCCUACCUCCCAGUGCACCGUCUGCGCUCGCGCUCCCGGCCCAAAAAAAGCUGCCCGCUCAUCGUCGGACGUCCCAAAUCUCAACGCAUCUGCGUCUCUCAACCUCGCCUCAACCUCUGCCCUCCAUCCCUCCCGUGCGUUCGUCGAAAGGAAAACCCCUCUCCGCUCCAAACAACCCUCACCCUCGCGUAAAUUGAGAUCACUUCUCAAUCGAUCCUCCGAACCCGAGACUCCGACGACAUAUACACACGAAAAGAAAAGCCAUAGCUUUCAAAAGUCCGUCACGAUGGCCCCCACCAACAACUUCUUCAAGGCCGCGCGCCCUGCGUUCCGCCAGCAGGUCUUCGCCGGCGCCCAGAUUCGCAACGCUUUCCGUACCUCCCAAUUCCGCGCCCAGUUCCGUGAGAGCUCCAAAAGAUGGCAGAGCUCGACCGCGUCCGCCGAUGCCCAGGUCAGCUGGUUCAAGCGCAUGUGGGACAGCCCCAUCGGUAUCAAGACGGUGCACUUCUGGGCUCCUGUUAUGAAGUGGGCUCUUGUCCUUGCCGGUGUUGCCGACUUUGCCCGUCCCGCCGAGAAGCUGUCUCUCACCCAGAACGGUGCCCUGACGGCCACUGGUAUCAUCUGGACCCGCUGGUGCUUGAUCAUCAAGCCCAAGAACUACCUUCUUGCUGCCGUCAACUUCUUCCUCGGUGUUGUCGGUGUCGUCCAGUGCUCCCGUAUCCUCAUGUGGCAGCAAUCUCAGAAGAGCGUUGGCGACCUGGCCAAGGAUGUCAAGGAGGACGUUAAGGAGGCCGUGUCUUCCUAGACCUAGAAUCGCAAAUGCCGAGCAAAGUGGGGUACAAUAAGGUGUCCAUGGGAGGGACGAGGUAAAGUUGCAGCAUGGUUCCAAACUGACGUACCAGCUGCGGCCACGAUCCAG